CCCCGUCGUGCCCGUCUCAGGUCCACCUGCCGCCAUGUUCUUUUGUCAUUCGUUUGUCUGAACCGCGUGCUGAAUGUUGAAUACGUUUCUCACUUGUAGAUUUCUCGUCUCCUUCCAACUACCUUCACUCGUUUUGCCUAACCUCAUGCUUUGAAUGGAACGAGUUCAGAAUGCCUUACGUUAGAUGACCGGGUCAAUCAUGGCAACAUGGAAAGAGCAAUAUCUGGCAGCCUUGCAGGCUCGAGAUCGUGUCGAGAAGGCCAACCUUGCACUUUACGAGUACUGUACCAAGCUAGCAGAUGAGAGGGCCGAGUUGCAGAAAAAGGCCAGGCUUACAGAGAGGUCGUCACCAUCGGAAAACACACCUGUACCGGAGCCUGUCACAUCUCCCGGAUGGGGCAUAAGGAGAGUCACCUCCCCAUCGAGUCAGGCGACCCGUCCAGACUCUCCUUCAGCGACGGCCACCACCCUUGCCCAGUUGAGGCAAGACCUGGCCAAAGCCCAGAUUGAGCGUGCCGACUUACAAUCCCGUCUUGACACCGCACUCCGCGAGCUCGAGACGUUGAAAGGAAAAACCAGAGCGGACAGCAAGCGCAUCGCACAACUUAACACCUCCGUCUCGCAGUUGACCGUUAAGCUGAGAGACCGCGACGAAGAACUACGUGGCAAGGCCAAACUGAUAGAGGAUGUCCAGGAUGAGAACGUCACGCUGAAUUUAGAGCUCCACAUGGCGGAAGAGAAAGCACAGAAAUUUCAGAAGGACAACCAGGAGCUCGUCGAUCGACUGAUGGCGAUCAAGGGGAAGGAAGCCGAACAGAUGAAUGAAGAGGGCAAGUUUGGCUGAUGUCAAGAUCUGGUUUCUCAAAUUACCUUCUGCUUCUACUCUUAUCCUCAGCGGGAGCAUUGCCAUUAAAUCUCGAAGAGGCGGAAAAGAAGCAAUGCCUCGCCUGCGGGGUCCUGAAGGGUGCGCGCGGCAUUGAGAGAGCUUCCGAUUGCCUCUUACACCAGCCUCGACCGCCGUAAUUCAGAUAUCAGAAUGCUGAUAUUGGAGCUACGGAUUGGAUAAAAGGCCGGACCCAUCUUUGACCCCGGCGGUGUGAGGAUACCUUUGAAGAACCCACUGAAUCUGUGGACUAUUUGAACGAGUGUUGAAUUAAUUCCAAGACUAUCCAAUGGCACCAGGCCAUUAGUGAAUCACAUUUCAGCCGUUUGUCGUUUCGUCCUAAGGGGGCCGAAGCAUGGUGCUCUCAAUACUCCGGCGCUAUGCAGUUGUCAUCAGAUCAUUUCAAACUCAAGUAAACCAAAGACCUUCCCGAUGCCAAAAUCAUGCCCUCUACCUGACAAUAGCUCUG